GGUCAGCUCCGUCUCGCCGCCGCGCACACGCAGAAGCGCCCACGGUCGCCUCGAGCUCCCUCAGCCACGGGGACAAGGUCCCGGCCGCGGGGACGCCGGGAGCGUGGCCCGGGCAGGUGGGCAGCAGGCAGACGGCUCCCCAAAGGACGCGAGGGACGAGUUCACUCCUACGCCUACUUCACUGAGCGCGGUGCCCUGCAAUAGCCGUGCUGGCAGCGCAAGGAGCCGUGCCCCGGGCUGCCUGCGCGGGUAUAACACCUUGGCCAACCCACCGAAACCGCUCCUCGCUGCUCCCCGCGCCUUCGUCCGCCACCCGCUGCAGGGGUGCCAGCGCCUGAGGAGCCCCGUCCCUCCCCGGAGCAGCUCAGCCUCCAGGAUGGCUCUGCUGGAGACCGGCAAGUACUCGCAGGGCUCGGCGCCCGGCGGCGUGAAUCCCGACCUGGCCAACGAGAGGCAAACGGCCUCCUUCAGCGUGGAAAAACUCACGGCCUGGCUGGACGGCGGCGCGGAGCAGACUCGGCUGCGGAGGGCGGUGGUCGAAGCUAUCGAACGCGACCCUGUGUUCAGCAGAGAAAAUCAGUAUUUCCAGAGCCAGAAUGAGAGGUACGAAGCAGCAGUCAGAAAGGCUGUUCACCUCCAGAAAAAGAUGCACGAGAUGGGAUGGAGUCAGGACGGACCUGAAUCUAAGUACAUCUACAGGGCAGUGGCAGGAGACAUCGCGUUUCUCCUUCACCGCAUCUUCAUGAGAAGUAUUUCGGUGCUGGGCUCCGACGAACAGAUUACCAAGUGGAUUCCCCCCGCCUCCCAGUAUCAGCUCAUUGGAAGCUAUGCCCAGACCGAACUGGGGCACGGAACUUAUCUUCAGGGUUUGGAAACAACAGCAGUCUUUGAUGUCACUACACAGGAGUUUAUACUGAACACACCAAAGAUUUCUGCCAUGAAGUGGUGGCCUGGAGACAUGGGAAGGUCAGCAACCCACACAGUGGUCUUUGCCCAGCUGUACGUCCACGGGAAGUGCUACGGCAUACAUCCCUUCAUCGUGCAGAUACGCAGCCUUCAGGACCAUUCACUCUGCCCAGGCAUAAUUGCAGGAGACAUCGGCCCCAAAAUGAAUUUUGAGCACAUCGACAACGGGUUCCUCAUGCUGCAGAACGUGCGUGUCCCCAGGGAGAACAUGCUGAACAAGUUUUGCGAGGUUCAACCAGAUGGCACCUAUGUAAGACGGGGGUCACAGAAGAUCAAUUAUUUCACAAUGACUUCAGUGCGCAUUUCCCUCAUUUCAGGCGAAGCUGUAACACCUUUAAUGAAAGCUUGCACCAUCGCCAUCCGAUACUCGGCGGUUCGCCGGCAGUCCAAGUUAAAGCCUGGGGAACAAGAAGCAAAAAUCCUUGACUACCAGACCCAGCAAGAGAAACUGCUGCCCCAGCUGGCAGCAGCCUACGCCUUCCAUUUCAUCGACGACUACCUGCAGGAGAUGUUCGACAGGGGGUACAGAGAGAUCCAGAGGAAGAACUUUGACACGUUGCCAGAGCUCCAUGCACUUUCUUCAGGCUUUAAAGCCACGGUUACUCAGUAUUGCACUUCAGGAGUGGAGAUCUGCCUCCGGGCAUGCGGGGGACACGGUUAUUCCUUGCUGAGCGGACUCCCUUCCUUGUACACUAAAAUAAUCGCCUCUUGUAUUUAUGAAGGGGAAAACACCAUUUUGCUCCUGCAGACUGCCAGGUUCCUGGUUAAGUCCUUCAUGGCAGCCAGCACUGGCCAGUCCGUUCCACCAUCUGUCACUUAUCUGGCUGCAGUGAAACCCAGGAAGUGUCCAGCCAAGAACAAGUUGGAUUUUCUCAGUCCAGAUAUUUACACUGAGGCCUAUCAACACAUGGCAGUCAGACUCAUAAGCAGCACAGCAGCGAAACUGCAGGACUUGAUUCAGUCUGGAGUCAAAAAGCACGAUGCGUGGAACCGGUGCACAGUGCAGCUGGCGCAGGCUGCGAAGGCUCACUGCCACUACAUCACUGUGAAAAACUUUGCAGAAACUGUGGAAAGACUCGAGAGCAAGGCUGGCAUCCAGAAGAUUAUGAAACAUCUUUGCGACCUCUUUGCAUUACACGGGAUCUUCUCGAACGCAGGAGUCUUCAUGCAUGACGGAUACAUAUCUGGAGCACAAAUGGACAUGGUCACAGCAUCAUACCUGGACCUCCUGGCUAUCGUUCGGAAGGAUGCUGUUCCGCUAGUGGAUGCUUUUGACUUCACAGAUAAGAGCCUGAAUUCUGCGCUUGGCUGUUACGACGGACAAGUUUACCAACGGCUUUACGAGUGGGCGCGGAAGUCACCGACCAACAAGCAGAUAAGCCCAGCCUAUGAGAAGUAUUUGAAGCCACUUCUUCACAACACGCUAUCGAAAUUAUGAAGACCGUGAUCUAAGUGAAGGCCACACAUCUCCUCCUGUUCUUUGUGCAGCAGUACAUUUAUUAAGCAUCAGUAAUGACUAAUCAGAAUUAAUAAUCAGUUGCUUACUUGCCGUUGCAACAAGUAUGAAACAAGAUUCUUAGCCAGCCAUUUGCUUUUAAUCAGACAGAAGCCAAACCGCGCUGAGGGGUACCCGCUGCUACGAGGCAAUCUAGUCAGAAAUAGCCUAGGGUUUGCUGUCGUCUAACCUGGAGCGUCCUGAUACCAUCCAAACUAUGCCAUUUGGCUUUCCUAUUCUUUUUCUAAAUCCACUAUAUGACAAUUAAGGAAAAAAAAAAAAAAAACCACAACACACAAAAACCCCACACUAUGAGCUCCCCCUCAGCAUGCUAUAACUGUAUGGUACCUUCAAAAAAAAAAAAAUGAAAAACAAAAAACCAAACAGCACAAACACACCCCAAAAAUCAAAAACAGAAAACCAACACUUUAAUGAAAAACACAAGGAAGGGGAAAUUACGCUCCUUAUUUCUAGGAACAGCUUGCUCUUUUACAUCAAGAAGUAUAUUAGAAAGUACAUCUGUUUGGACAGUUAAAAUAGCUCUUAAAUCGCUCAGCGGUGGAGUAUUCCUGCCUAAUGAAGAUUCAGACAAAGUGAUGCCAACUCCAGCCUGCAGAAUUUACUUCCCCAUCAACAGAGCUGCUCGUACUGUCUUUCUAUAAAUCUUGGGCUCCAGUAAAGUGUAUUAUUUGGAAUAUUGCUUCUCUAAUUAUUAUACUUCAUAAUUAUGGGAAGGGCAGGCUGAUCCAGGCCAGUCAUUAAUUUGCUAGUAAAUGAAGUGUUGCAAAGAACAUCUUGUAAUUAUAAUUCAAUGCCAGUUAACACAGGUAUUUCUUACCACGUGUUGCAGGAAGGAAACAACCACUUUUCCUGAGCUACAUCAGUUCAGUUUUUCUUUCCCCUCUUAAAGGGAGAAAAAAGCUCUUGUUGCCUCUUAUUACAAAAGUCAAAACCCCUACAGUGUAUGAAAAGGGGGAGACAAAACACAACAAAUACACCCCUGAGGGAGACCUUCUGAGUGAGAGACGGGAUGGAAAGCUCCCACCUUCCAGACCAGCAGCUACUGUAGAAAUCCAGAUGCCGUGCUCCAUGCCCAGGGAACUGUGGUCCACACAGCCCAGAGAGCAAAGCAGAUGUGGUGAGGAACACUUGCGACAAGAACUUCACGGGAGAACGCGACUCAUUCAUCAAACCGGCUAUCAACUCUCCUACUCCCACCAGCAUUCAAGUUAGAGCGUAUCCAGAAAUUCUAUUAACUUUGACAAAGUGCUGAAAUGGCAGAAAUGGCUAAUCAAAAUUUAAUAAAACCACAGAGCUUGA